GCGGGCAGCGCCGGCCCGGCCGCGGCAGCAUGCGGGGAGCCGCGCCGCGGCGCCGGGCACCAUGUACGUGAGCUACCUGCUGGACAAGGACGGGCCCAUGUACCCGGGCGCGGCGCGCCACGCGGGGGGGCUCAACCUGGCGGCGCAGAGCUUCGUGGGCGCCCCCCCGCAGUACCCGGACUACGGCGGCUACCAUGUGAGCCUGGACAGCGCGCAGCCCGCCGGCCCCGCCUGGCCCUCGCCCUACGGCGCCGACUGGGGCAGCUACGGCCAGGCCGGGCCCGCCGCCAGCGCUGUGCACGGCCUGGGCGCCGGGCCCCCCGCCGCCGCCAUGGCCUACGGCGCCGCCGACUUCCACCCGCACCACCCCGCGCACCCGCACCCGCACGCCGGCCCCGCGCCGCCCUGCCCGCCCGCCGGGCAGCCCCUGGGCCCCGGCCCGCCCGCCGCCGACCCGCUCCCGCUGUCCCCCGGCGCGCAGCGCCGCAGCCUGUGCGAGUGGAUGAGGAAGCCCGCGCAGCCCGCGCCCGGCAGCCAGGCGAAGACGAGGACGAAGGACAAGUACCGCGUGGUGUACACGGACCACCAGCGGCUGGAGCUGGAGAAGGAGUUUCACUACAGCCGCUACAUCACGAUCCGGAGGAAAGCGGAGCUGGCGGCCACACUGGGCCUGUCCGAGCGGCAGGUGAAGAUCUGGUUCCAGAACCGACGGGCCAAGGAGAGGAAGAUCAACAAGAAGAAGCUGGCGCAGGCCCAGCCCGGCGCGCACGGCGGCUCCGAGCCGCUCAGCCCCGUCUCCAGCCUGCAGGGCCCCGCCACUGCCGUGCUGGGCCCGGCGGGGGUCUUGGCGCCGCCAGUGAGCCAGUGAGGGCGGCCGGGGACUGCGCGUGGAGCUGGGCCCUGGCGCCGCCGGGACCGUGUCGAGUGCGGCGGGCGCCGGGGGCGGGCACGGCCGCUUGGGCCGGCGGAGCGCGGGGCCCGGGCCAGGCUGGAC